GUUCAUAGACGUAAUACUAACACAAGAUAGUACACACCAGCUUGGGUAUAGUUGGAGGUUUGCAGUAGGAAGUGUGUUGUAACCGUAGUGUGAGACUCGAGUUACCCUGUACAGUUUGUAGCAUCAAUUUUCCAUCAGUAUAGCCCAUUCUAGAGCCAUAUUCAUACUAUUACAUAUUAUUAUUUUCCAUAGUUAACCAUUACGGUAGAUGUCCGGUAUUGGUAAUAAAAGAAGACUCUCGGAUGUGUCGUUAAAUGGGUACUCCAAGAGGAGUUACCAGACCCAUAGUGAUAGUGAAGAAGAAGAAGAGUAUUCCGAUUCUUCUCAGGCUAUCUUUGAUAUUUCACCGUCUACCAAUAGCAAUAAUAAUAAAUGGCAAGAUACUAUUACAAAAGUUGUUAAUGCGGUAGUAUCAAUUCAAUUUACUCAUGUACGUAAUUUUGAUACUGAAACUUCAUUAGUUAGUGAAGCUACAGGGUUUGUUGUAGAUUCAAUUAAAGGAUUAAUUUUAACUAAUAGACAUGUGGUUGGUCCAGGACCAUUUACCGGUUAUGCAGUAUUUGAUAAUCAUGAAGAAGUUACAGUUACUCCCAUCUAUAGAGAUCCUGUACAUGAUUUUGGAUUUUUACAAUUUGAUCCAACUAAAGUUAAAUAUCUUCAACUUAGUCAUUUAGAUUUAAAGCCUGAUCUUGCUAAAGUUGGAACAGAAAUCAGAGUUGUUGGUAAUGAUGCUGGAGAAAAAUUAUCUAUUUUAUCAGGAUUUAUAUCUCGAUUAGAUAGAAAUGCUCCUGCUUAUGGUAGUUUAACUUAUAAUGAUUUUAAUACUGAAUAUAUUCAAGCAGCAGCCUCAGCAUCUGGAGGUUCUUCUGGUUCACCAGUCGUUAAUGAAGAUGGUGAGGUAGUAGCAUUACAAGCCGGUGGAUCCACUGAAGCAUCAACUGAUUUCUUUUUACCAGUAGAUAGACCAUUACGAGCCUUGAAGUGUAUUCAAGAAUCUGAACCUAUAACAAGAGGUGAUAUUCAAGUUGAAUGGCAAUUAAAACCGUUUGAUGAAUGUAGACGUUUAGGUUUAACCCCUGAAGCCGAGGCUAGAGCAAGACAAUUAUUUCCUAGUAAAAUAGGAUUAUUAGUAGCAGAAUUAGUAUUACCGGAAGGACCAGCCGAUGGAUUAAUUAAAGAAGGUGAUACAUUAAUUUCUAUUGAUGGUCAAGACAUUUCAACAUUUAUUAAAGUCGAUGAGAUUCUUGAUCAAAGUGUUGGUAAAUCAUUAACUUUUAUACUUCAAAGAGGGGGAGAAGUUAUAAGUAGAAGUAUAACUAUUGGUGAUUUACAUGCUAUAACUCCAGAUAGAUAUGUUGAUAUUGCUGGAGCUUCAUUUAAUAAUCUCUCUUAUCAAAUAGCCAGAUGUUAUUGUAUUCCUGUCAAGGGAGUAUUCAUUAAUGAUGCGUCUGGUUCAUUUGAAUUUGCAUCGUAUGAAAGAUCUGGUUGGUUAUUGGAGACAGUCGAUGAUAAACCAACUCCUGAUUUGGAUGCUUUCAUUGAAGUAAUGAAACAAAUCCCUGAUCGUCUGAGAGUCCCAAUAACUUAUCGUCAUGUAUCAGAUCUUCAUACUGAAAAUGUACAAACUAUUUAUAUUGAAAGACAUUGGGAUUCAACUUUUAGAUUGGCUAUAAGAAAUGAUACUACUGGUAUAUGGGACUUUACUAAUCUUCAAGAUAAACCACUUGAUCCUCCUAAAGUUGAACCUAAAUAUGCCAAAUAUGUUGAUGUACCGUUUGGGAAAGAAGGAUGUUCUUCAUUAGUAAGAUCAUUUGUUCAAGUUCGUACGGUGGCCCCAGUUCCACUUGAUUCAUAUCCAUAUCGUAAAGAGAUUUGUUAUGGAGUAAUAGUAGAUGCUACUAAUGGAUAUGUAUUAGUAUCUAGACGGUUUGUUCCUCAUGAUAUGUGUGAUAUCUUUGUUAUCUUUGCUGAAUCUAUUGAUGUACCUGGUAAGGUUGUAUUUCUUCAUCCUAAUCAAAAUUAUGCUAUAGUUAAAUAUGAUCCUUCAUUAGUAUUAGCUGAAGUUCAAUCUCCUAAAUUCAGUGAUGUACCAUUAAAGAGAGGUGAUAGAUCUUUCUUUAUUGGUUAUAAUUAUAAUUUACGAUUAGUUACUGAUGAUGUUAGAAUCAGUGCUGUAUCUUCAUUAAAUGUACCUGCUGCUUCAUUAUCUCCAAGAUAUCGUGGUACUAAUCUUGAAUGUAUCUUAUUAGAUAGUAAGAUUACUCUUGAAUGUGAUACCGGGAUUUUAACUGAUGAUGAUGGGACAGUUCGAGCAUUCUGGUUAACCUAUUUAGGGGAAACCAAUUGUGAACAAACCAAUGAUAGAAUGUAUAGAAUGGGACUUGAUGUGACAGAUGUACAACAAGUUAUAGAAUCACUCAAGUCCAAUACUAUUCCACAACAUUUAAGAAUCUUAGAGGCAGAAUUCAAUUCCUUAACCAUUUAUCAAGCCAGAACGAGAGGAGUUCCUGAUCUGUGGAUUAAGAAAUUGGAAGAUGCAUGUCUGGAAGAGAUUAAACUCUUAUCGGUAGAAAGAGUUGCAGCUCCUCGUUUAAAUCAAGACAGGAGUCCAUUGAAAACUGGUGAUAUCAUCUUAACAGUUGAUGAUCAUAUUGUUACCAAUAUGAGAGAUUUCAAGCCAAUGUAUACGGAAGAGAAGACCAAUUUCCGAAUCAUUAGACAGAAGAAAGAAUUAGAAAUCGCUGUCCAAACCAUUGAAACUUCUAGUUUAAAUACUUCUCGGGUAGUGUAUUGGAGUGGAGCUUUACUUCAAUCUCCCCAUUUUGCUGUACGUCAAUUAAUGGUUGAUCUUCCAUCGGAAGUAUAUGUGACUCGAAAGAGUGCUGGAGGUCCUGCUCAUCAGUAUGGGAUCCCCACCAAUAGUUUUAUUACUCAUGUCAAUGAUCAUGAAACAAAGGAUCUUGAAUCAUUCACACAAGUAGUCAAACAGAUCCCUGAUGGCAACUAUGUCAAAUUAAGAUUAAUGUCAUUUGAUAAAGUUCCAUUGGCCAUUUCACUUAAAACAAACUACCAUUACUUCCCCACUUCGGAAUUGAAGAAAGUGGAUCAUGAAUGGAAGGAGUUUGAAUUGACUAAGUAGAUAUAUAUAGAGUAGAGUAAAAUACAUGUAUAUACUUAUAGAUGCACGCUUAUAGUCAUUCUACACUGAAUAAUACAUAAGACAUAAUACAUA